AUGCCAGCAUUAGCACUCUACACUAAGGGCACCCGGGUGUGGAUCCCAGAUCCAGAGGAGGUGUGGAUUCCAGCAAAACUAAGCCAGGACUUCAAAGAUGGAGACAACAGCCUUCUUCUCCAGCUGGGCAGCGGAAUGGAGUUGCAUUAUUCCAUUGGGAAUGGUUUGCCCCCAUUGCGGAAUCCGGACAUCUUGGAAGGGGAGAAUGACCUUACUGCCCUUAGCUACCUACAUGAGCCAGCUGUGCUGCACAACCUCCACAUCCGCUUCUUGGAAAGCAAUAGCAUCUACACGUACUGCGGUAUCGUUUUGGUUGCAAUUAAUCCAUAUGAGUCAUUGCCCCUCUACGGUGAGGAGGUCAUUGAUGCCUACAGUGGACAGAAUGUGGCUGACAUGGACCCACACAUCUUCUCAGUGGCUGCAGAGGCUUAUCGACAGAUGACACGGGAACAACAAAACCAGUCCAUUAUUGUGAGUGGUGAGUCUGGUGCUGGGAAGACAGUCACAGCCAAAUUCGCUAUGCGCUACUUUGCCACAGUUGGGGGAACUGCACAGGAGUCAAGUGUAGAAGACAGGGUGCUGGCAACCUGUCCCAUCAUGGAGGCAAUUGGCAAUGCCAAGACAACUCGCAAUGACAACAGCAGCCGCUUUGGGAAGUACAUUGAGAUUGACUUUGGGCCCCGGGGUGACAUUGUUGGGUCCAGCAUGAGGACCUACCUGCUGGAGAAGUCCAGAGUCAUCUUCCAGGCCCCUCAGGAAAGAAAUUAUCACAUCUUCUACCAGAUGUGUGCCGCCAGACACCUCCCAGAGUUCAGCAUGCUCAGACUACGGCCUGCAGACGAAUUUCACUACACCAACCAGGGCGGCAGAGUGGACAUCCCAGGGGUGGACGAUGCUUCAGAAUUGGAGCUGGUCAGGAAUUCACUCUCUCUGCUGGGAGUGCGUCCAGCCCAGCAGGCAUCACUCUUUCAGAUUCUUGCAGGAAUUUUGAAUCUUGGAAAUGUAGACAUCAGAAGUAACAGUCGAGAUGCCGAACGAUCCAACAUCAACCCUGCCGACAACUCUCUGCAUGCCUUCUCCCAGCUUCUAGGGGUGGAACAGACCCAGAUGGCACACUGGCUGUGCCACAGAAAGCUACAGGUAGCUGGAGAGACCCUGGUGAAGCCCAUUGGGUUCCAGCAGGCCUGUGAGGCCCGUGAUGCUCUCGCCAAGCACAUCUAUGACCGGUUGUUUGCCUGGACGGUGGAGCGGCUCAACAGAGCAUUGCAGACACAGCACCGGCAAACCCAGAGCUUCAUUGGGGUCCUUGACAUCUAUGGCUUUGAAAUGUUCCAGACAAACAGCUUUGAACAGUUCUGCAUCAACUAUGCCAAUGAGAAGCUGCAGCAGCAGUUCACCCAGCAUGUGUUCAAACUGGAGCAGGAAGAAUAUCUAAGGGAGGGCAUCAAUUGGAACCGAAUCGACUUCCGGGACAACCAGCCCUGCAUUGAACUUAUUGAGGGCAAACUGGGAAUUCUAGAGCUUUUGGAUGAAGAGUGCAAAAUGCCCAAGGGCUCUGAUACCAGUUGGGCACAAAAGCUGUAUGAGCACCAUGUCAACCACAGCCAGCAUUUCCAAAAACCCCGUCUGUCCAGCUCUACCUUCCUCAUCCUCCACUUUGCGGAUACGGUGGAGUACCAGUGUGAAGGUUUCUUAGAGAAGAAUCGUGACACCAUGUUUGAGGAGCCCAUCAACAUUCUCCGUGCCAGCAAAUCAGAAUUCGUAGCAGAGCUGUUUCCAGAUGAGGUUCCCAGAGAAUUCUCCUUCCUUCCUAGUGCCAAGUCUAUACUGCCAACAAGGAACCAACUCUCCUCUAGGAAGGCUGUCCGAGAGCACAAGCACACCGUGAGCUUUCAGUUCCGCCAGUCUCUGCACCUGCUGAUGAGCACCCUGAAUCUGACAACCCCACAUUAUAUCCGCUGCAUUAAACCCAAUGACCUGAAGAAGUCCUUCUUAUUUGACCCAAAACGUGUGGUCCAGCAGCUUCGAGCUUGUGGCAUUCUGGAGACCAUAUGGAUCAGUGCUGCAGGGUACCCAUCCAGGUGGACCUAUCUAGAAUUCUACAGCAGAUAUUGGCCCCUGUUCCGACCGGAGGACUUGUCUCUGAAAGACCCGCAGUCUGCAUGCCGAAACCUCUUGGGAGCACUCAUUCUAGAUUCAGAUCAGUAUCAGUUUGGAAAAUCAAAAAUUUUCUUCAGGGCUGGCCAGGUGGCAUACCUGGAGAGGCUGAGGGCUGAGCGGUUAUGUGCAGCCUGUAUUCUGAUCCAGGCGUGGGUGCGUGGGCAGCUGGUAAGAAGGAGGUACCAGAGGACACGUAAGGCUGCCAUGACACUGCAGACGUACUGCCGGGGUUUCUUGGCCAGAAGGCUAGCACAAAUUCUCCGAUGGACACGGGCAGCUUUGGUGAUACAGAAGAACUGUAGGAUGGUUCAAGUGCGCAGACCUUAUCUUUUGAUACGAGCAGCCACAAUAACCCUGCAAGCCUACACUCGAGGGGCACUGGCACGACGCACGGCUCGGCAGCUCCGAAUGGAAAAGAUGGCCACCAUCCUGGCAGCCUAUGUACGUGGUUGGCUGGCCAGGCGAUGGUUCCAGCACAUCCGUAGUGCUGUUAUUUACCUUCAGUGCUGCUGCCGGCGGAUGUGGGCACGCAGAGAACUGCGGCAACUACGGAUUGAAGCCCGUUCUGUGGAGAGAUACAGGGAGCUGAACAGAGGCAUGGAGGUCAAGCUCAUGCAACUCCAACUCAAGGCAGAUGAACAGGCCCGUGAGAACAAGGCAUUAAAGGAUCAGCUGCAAAUGGCAAAGACAAUUCACUGCAAGGAGGUGGAACGCCUGCAGGGGGAGCUUUCACGACUCCAAGCUGAUCAGCAAGCGGAGGGUGUGAGUGAGGGGCAGGCUGAGGAGCUGGCAGCACUGAGAAGUAUGGUGACACAAGAGCGGGAGGAUCGGCGGGCGACAGAAGAAAGACACAGUGCAGACAUCGCCAGACUCUCUGAGAUGCUUAACAGCAGCAAUAACUGGCCUAAUGUAUCUGUGCAGUCCAGUGAACAGGAUAAGCCUGAUGUUUGCCUGCAGAAACAGCCCUUUGGUCAGGAUUAUUCUUGGUCGUCCGCCUCUGCUGUGAAAUCCCUUGAGCUGGAGAAAUCUGCACUUAUUCAAGAAAAGGAGGAUCUGCACAGUCACUUGGUGAAAAUGGAGCAGGAAAUGGAAGAUAAGAUCAAUCAGCAGGUGACGCUGGAGAAGACCAGCCUUAGCCUGGAACUGGAGGAGGAGCGAAGACGCUAUCAGGGUCUGCUGAAGGAGUUUUCGCGGUUGGAGCAGCGAUAUGAGAACUUCAAGGAGGAGAUGGCUUUUAGUGAGCGUGUCCUGGGACACCGCAGAACCCCGUCCUCAAUGAGCCUGAAUCUUGACUACAUUCCUGAGACCACUGGAGUUAGCAGUAGCCCACAGGAGCCAAAGCGCAAGAUUAGCAUGGUGACUGCAUCUGAGGUGAAUGACAGGCUUGAUAGCAGAGCUGGAUCGCUCCAUCUCACUGCAAUGGAUUCUCUCAAGGAGGCAGUGGGCCUGCAGAAGGACGAAGUGAAAGGAUUGAGUGAGGAAGACUUGAGUCAUGCAUACGAUGCGGUCUGUGUGGCCAACAGGAUACUAGAGGCUCAGCUUGCCUCCCAGCGUGGUACCUGGGACUCUGAGAUAAACAGCUGGCGACUGCAAGUUCAAGUUCUUCGGGAGGAGAUGGACAGGCAGAGCCAGGCCCAUGCUCGUCUGCUCCAGCUGCCCCCUGGUGAACAGCUUCAUCGAGGGCUACAGGAUCAACUUACACGGCUCACUGCAGACAACCUAGAUCUGCUAGAGCAGCUGGAGAGUCAGGAGCAGGUGGCCCGUAAGCUGAGGAGGGAGCUGAACCUGUUGAGGAGUGUGCAGAGGCGUGACCUCAAACCAGGUAUGGUGAAAUCUGAGGGCAUCACACCUCACAAAGCUGUAGAGCUCCAAGGGCUGCUGCGCUGUCAAAAGAAGGAUGAGAUACAGCUGCUCAAGAACCUGGUGACAAAUUUGUGUCUGGACACGAUACGGGCCGAGACUCCUGGAUUGCCUGCACACAUCCUGUUCUUAUGCAUGAGACAUGCUGAUGCUUGUGGAGAAGAGGUUCGGGCGCAAGCUUUUUGCUUUGCUGCUGUGACUGCCAUUAAAGGCACUCUUAAGAAACACCCAGACGACGUGGAGAUAACAAGUUUCUGGCUCUCCAACACCAUCCUCUUGCUUAAUCUUCUUCGACACUUCAGCUCCAAGGAGGUCAGUGAAGGGCUGAUGAGUGGAAACAUCAAUGAGGAAGGCCUCCUGAGUGGUGACUUCAGUGACCCAUGCAAAUCCUUGGCCGACCUGAUUAUCCAAGCCUACCAGCAGCUGAUCCGGAUUUCAGAGAGCCGACUGCACCCCAUGAUUGUACCAGCCAUGCUGGAAUGUGAGGCUAUCCCUGGCUUAUUAGGCAGUUCCAAGGGUUCUGGAUUCUGCAGGUGGAUGUCAAGUAGCACCACAGUGGAUGAGGCGUCCAGCCACAACAUGGAUUUGAUGCUUCAGGAGCUGAGCAGCUUGCAUGCCACCCUGAGUGCCUGGGCACUACCUUUAGAGAUUUGUCAUCAAGCCUUCCGGCAAUUCAGCUACAUGAUUGCCGCUUUGACACUUAACAACCUGCUGCUCCGGCGGGACAUGUGCAGUUGGACCAAGGGACUUCAGAUCCGGUACAACAUUAGUCAACUCGAGGAUUGGCUUCGAGGCCGGUCACUUCAUCUAGGGGGAGCUUUAGAGGCUCUUGAGCCUUUGAUCCAGGCGGCACAGCUCCUGCAGGUCAGCAAGCAGUCAGAGAGUGAUGCUGAGUCUAUCGUGCAGACCUGCACGGCCUUGUCUACUCACCAGAUUGUUAAGAUCCUAAGUGUAUACUCUCCUCUCAAUGACUACGAGGAGCGAGUCACCCUGAAAUUCAUCCACAAUGUUCAGAGUUUGCUGAAGAAUCGCUCAGAAGGGGAGUCCCGGCAGUACCUUCUGAUGGAUGUGAAGCACACCUUCCCAGUGACUUUCCCUUUUCUCCCACCCUCCCAUGUCCGCUCAGAAAAUCUUCACAUACCAGAAAACUUAAAGUUGUCUUUUCUUCAGCGUGUGUGACAUGCCGGGCUCUGAUGUCCACUGUAGUGCCCAGUGGUUUACCAGCUAUUGUUUUUGCUUGAACACUUUUUGUCAAAAAGUUCACUCCCACCAAACAUUUUCCUAAUUCUUAGUAUUUAAAAGGUGAGCUGAAUAAUAAGAAUUGCAGUGUCAGAAUAGUGAUGGCCACCAUCAUCCUCACUCUAAUGAGCUGCAACAUGGAAGCACACUAGGAUUAUGAUGACACCCAGACUACUUCCUUUUAUCAUCAAUGUUUGGCCAGAUGUGGAGCAUUGCCAGUUGUAGCAUGGUUGGUCAUUGUGCAUGUAAAUUAAGUUGAUGUCACAUUACUUGACUGCUAGUCAGAGGUGACGUGUCACUUCAUGAUGUUAGAUUACACAACUAGAAAUAGCAGGGUAUGCCAAAUCAGACGACUUUCCAAAAGUAUCUUAAACUCACCCCUUUUCCUAAUGGCCAAUACCAUGUUGCCUGAUGAAGCCAGUGGCCAAUCCAUAGGCGGGUUUGGCUGCAAUCUCAGCCCCCUUUUCUUCCAUUUAGCAUCAGACAAAUGAGCUUCUCUUCUGUUUUCUAAGUCCAAAGUUAGGUGCAUUAUAUGUUUUUUGCUUCCAGCUGAGAGCACAUCUCUUGUCAAACCUGUUUAAUUUUACCGGGAUGAGUUGCAGAUUUAUUGGAAUGAGUCACUGGGGGUGUCAGACAAAAUGAAUGGUGGUCACAGGAGCGUGCUGGAACUAAGAAUCACUGGAAAAGCUGUGUAAUAUGACUUGGCCUUUAGCCUUUGGCACCACACCAGAAUUUGUAGCUAUUUAAAAAUCUGGAAAUGACCAAACAAGUGAAAUUAUGGUGUACUCACUGUAAAUGGACAAACAGCUACUGGAAAAUUUGCCUAGGACUCAUAGGCUCAUUUUAAUAGAGGGCGUGGCUGGAGGUGGAGUGUUAGGUGGUCAUCUCUGGUUUUCGCCAUCUUUGCUGUA